AUGAUUGCACAAACCUUACCAAUGGCAGCAAUGUUUAUGAGAAAUAAAGUAUUAUCAUGGUCAUCAUUGUUCUUAUCCGUUCAAGCUUACUUAAAUGAACCAAUUAAUAAACCACCUACUAAAGAAGCAGAACAACCAGGUCUUUUGAAAGUCUUGUUUGCUCUUAUUGCUGUUCUUACAUGUUAUAUGGAUGUUGUGUUCCCUGGAACUAACCCAGCUGUUCAAAGAGCUGCUAAGUUGGCUGCCCAAACCGCCACUGAAGCUGCUGCCACUGCUGCUGCCACAUGA